GAGGCCAGAGAGAGGGAGAGAAACAUGGACACAUGCGCCUGCGCUUUGGAGCUGCUGGGGAUGCUGGUCUAUGUUGGAGCAUGGCUGUGCGCUUUAGCCACCACUAUCUUACCGCAGUGGCUUACCAUGUCUACUGCACUGCUGCCUGUGGAGAGUUACGAGCUGGGCCUGUGGGAGACCUGUGUGGUCCAGGCCUUUGGAGGCAUGGAGUGUAGGGCUUAUGACAGCCUGCUGGGCCUUUCCAGAGACCUCAAGCUGGCUCGCAUCCUCAUGUGCGCUGCCCUCUCCGUGGGCAUGCUGGGAAUUCUAGUGGCUAUACCUGGACUCAACCUGGUCCACAGCUGUAAAGAGGACAGCGGUCAACAAACCAAGAGGAUUUUAACCAUCACAGGAGGGGUGCUGGGGAUGGUUUCUGGGGUGCUGUGUCUGAUCCCAGUCUCCUAUAUGGCACACUUAGCAGUGAUACAUUUCUUUGACGAUAAGUUACCUGACGUGGUGCCUCGGUGGGAGUUUGGACACGCUCUGUUCUGCGGCUGGGUGGCGGGAUUCCUCCUCAUAGUGGCUGGCCUGAUCUUGGUCAGCUCCCGCUCCUGCUCUCAGGUGGAGCCUCAGCCUGUGCUGCAGCGGAGGUACCAGGUGAUGGGCACAGGUGCAAAUUUCAGGAAGCGCUCAGAGUACGUUUAA